UCACGUGAGCCGGCCUCCCUUCCCGCGGCGGCGAGUGUCCCUCCUUGCGAGCUGUAGGGGUGGUGCUGCAGUGGGCUGCUGGCAUGUUCCGCAUCGAGGGCUUGGGCCCCAAGAUGGACCCGGAGGAGCUGAAGCGGAAGAUGCGCCGCGACGUCCUCGCCUCAGUCCGCAACUUCCUCAUCUAUGUUGCGCUGCUGCGGAUCACUCCUUUUAUCCUGAAGAAGCUGGACAGUAUAUGAACACUUAAGAAGAUGCAGUAUAUGAAAACAUAAAAUGGACUGUAGCUGUUUUGCCAUCUUUGUUAAUUAAACAUUGUGCCAGAGGCAGGCAACCAAUACUAAAUGGUUUAAAAAUAUUUCAUUUAAGUAUGUCUGACCUGAAAAUGAUAGCCUAAUAUGGGGAAGACAUCUGUUGUCCCUGCAGAUGAAUUGUGGUCACAGAACACCCCCUAGUAUCAUCAAGCAAUGAUUUGUGAUGAAGCAUUUCUUGUGCUGCUUAAAAAAAAUUUAGUCUCCAUUUUGUACAAAGUGUUAACCACUAACAAGUCGCUUUGUGAUGCAGCUACCUCUAAACUGCCACAUGCUAUGGCUAUCAACCUUACUGAACCUGUAUGAAAAACGAAGUGUUUAAUGAAUCCAGUUCAAAAGCAGUUUGAUUUUUAAAUAAAUGGAAGAGCAGUUGUGUCACUUAA